UGCAGCGUGUCUGUAUCAGAUGAGAAGGGGGUCACCCCGGAUUCCCUUGAAGCUGCUCUCCAGGAAAAAAAUUGUUCCAAGAUUUUGUUUGUACCUCCUUUGCUGGAUAGGAUCAGCUCGUCAGCGCUGCUGCUUAAUCUUGUACCUAUCACCGAUUCGUGUUUUUUUUUUUCUCUUAAGAAGAUGCCGAAACGGGAAAGAAAAGUGAGGCUGAAUAUAUCGGGAAUAGACUGUUUGAUGUAGAACAAGACGCGUUGUAGGAAAUCAAUAGAGAAAAGAUCGAUUUAGAGCAAAUAUUUUUGAACUUCAUUUACAUUUUUCAUUUUCCUCUCUUAUUAUUUUUCAAAUACUGAAAUGCAGGAGAUAUAGGCAACGUGAAUAGAAGAAUGUUUAUCUCUUUGGAUGGAGAUUUUAAUAUAUGAGCUGAUCAGCAUCAGAAUGAUCAUUUAAGGCAUUAUUGAACAUUGCAGACUGUCUCGAGCUCUGCUCAUCAGGCUUUGAAGGAAAAGUUUGAGAUGUGAUUUUUUUAUGAAAUAUCUAUUCAUAUCUUGCUUACAGUACUGCUACAGGCUAUGCAUUGAAAUCAAAGCGAUUUACACGCUGCAUUAUUGGGCAAACACGCAGCGCAGUGCGAGGUGGUUUCAUUCAUAUUUCAGUGUUCUAGAAAACAUCGAAAACACGACGAGGGUUGAACUUUGCGGAGUGUGUGAUUUUGCUUGAGAUUCUGCUCUAAAAUAUCAAGGACAGUGGCAAAGGGUCUCUCUUAAAACUCCGGAGAGCCAGGCUAUAUGAAGAUCGCGACACAGUUGUUGCUUUUCCCUCGCAGAAAUGCCAGUGCGUGCUGUGACCACCAGGUUCAUGUACAAGGGACUUUGCACUAUUCCAGAUGUCCUCUCCUACCGGACCCCUGUUAACCUGCCUGAGGAUGAGGUGGAAGAGAUCCGUGAGGCUUUCAAAGUAUUUGACCGAGAUGGGAAUGGCUUUAUCUCAAAGCAGGAGCUGGGGAUGGCCAUGCGCUCUCUGGGCUACAUGCCCAAUGAGGUGGAGCUGGAGGUCAUCAUCCAAAGACUUGACAUGGAUGGUACGUGUUUCUCUCUCUCUCUCUCUCUCUCUCUCUCUCUCUCUCUCUCACUCUGGGUCAGAAAGUUUACGAGUGCACAGGCUGCUGCAUAUAAUCCAGCACACGAGCUAUGCAGUGACAUGAUUGUAUGUUUGUCUGUUUCAUCAGGGGAUGGUCAGGUCGGCUUUGAAGAAUUUGUCACAUUGCUUGGUCCUAAACUGUCUGCCGCAGGAAUGCCUGAUAAGUUCAAUGGAGCAGACUUUGAUUCAGUGUUUUGGAAGUGCGAUAUGCAGAAACUGACUGUGGAUGAGCUUAAGAGACUGCUUUAUGAUACCUUCCGUGACCACCUCACUAUGAAAGACAUUGAGAACAUCAUCAUGACUGAGGAGAGCCACCUGAACAGUCCAGAGUCCCAUGUGGACAUUGACACAAGCCCAACACAACAGGAAAAACACACAUGUGUGCGAAAAAGCCUGAUUUGUGCCUUCGCCAUUGCAUUCAUCAUCAGUGUUAUGCUCAUUGCAGCAAAUCAAAUGCUCCGCAGAGGAAUGAAGUAAAUACAUGUUUCCAUCUGAUCGCAGCAAGAUUUAAGGAUGGACACUGAAAAAGCAAACGUUAACCCAAAUACUUUACUCCUGUUUGGGUUUGUUCAAUGUUUUCAACAACCACAACGAUGCGAUCACGGCUUCUCUCUCUAAUGGAUUAAUUGAUGUCAUGCAGUGGUUCUGUAUAACCACUAACCACAGCAUACAAUGGUAAAACCGAAAUAAUGAAAGAAAGACAUUUCAAGGGCUGAUUAGUACCCUAAAACAGUAGUUUCAGAAAUUUCUGAUGUUUUCUAAUAAAUUAGAUAGAAACGCAGACUGCAGAAGACUUCAGUAAUUCAGUGUGCAGUAUGUGCUGUAGUGAUAGCUGUGCUGUGUCUAAUAUCAAAACAAUCAAUGAUGUUGAUGAGAGCUCCAUUUGGAAUGCACCCAAUAAUGAAAGCAUCGAUGAUAGAAAUAAAGCAAUACAAAGGCGCCAAUGGGCUACAUAAUCCAUAGUCGCUACGUAGUUUCACUUGCUAAAAGCAUAAGGACAAAUGACUGUGCACUGCAUACUGUGUCUCUCUUAAGUGUCUGUUUAUUUUAGUGUGCCAGGAUUUCCAGUCCAGAAGUACAACUCACAUCCGGUUCAACACAUUUUGCCAAAGCGGCACCAUCUGUGGUCUAAAUCUUUCCAAAGGAGUAAUUCAAAACUGAAGAUUGGACCACUCAUAAACACUUAAUGAACUCCUGAGUUACAAAAACUCCCUGAGGUGGUACUAAUCUGUUAAUGGAAUAUGAAAGUAUAUUGACAACUUUUUAGCCAUGCUAGUGGAAUAGCAUCACCAUGAGGGUAGGUGAAAUAUCACAACAACUAUUGGAUGUAAUGUAGUGACAUUUGGUACAUACAUUCAUACUCCCAUCAGGAUGAAGUGGAAUAACUUUGUUGAUCCUUCACCAACACUAUGUCAUAUUUUUUCAUUUGUCCAAUACUAAUUGCCCAAGUCUAAAGUGGCGAAUAUGGUAAACACUGUACCUGCUAAACAUUAGUAUGUCAGCAUUGACAGUGUAAACAUGUUGCCAUGCUAUUAGCAUGCUAGCAAAGCACUGCUAUGCCAGAGCACAGAAUCACAGAGCCACUGGCAUGUGUGUAGAGUCAUAGACAUAAUAUUGUAGAGUUAUAUAGAGUUUUAGGAGAAACACACAGCAGGUGUCAUGAAAUCAUGCAAAUCUGUCAGGUGCACAAACAUAAAUAAUUUCAUUUUCUACAAAGCAUAAAGUUAUUAUCCAACAAUUUCCAGCUCAACAUGUGUUUAAAAGCAAGACAUGAAAAGAAGAAAAGUCCAUUGCCCACAUUUUCCACUAUGACUAGGAGAAGUACAAAGAACCCAACAAUUGGAAUAAACCGGUGAACAAGCACAGGAACUACUCUGGAAAGCACUUCUAAUAAGAGAAUGGUUGGAGAGGUGGAGACAGGCUGUGACCCUCAGCCACAUGCCGUGUACUCCAGUCAGCUGUUCUGCAGAAAACUCCCAUAGUUCAUUUCUAAAGAUGUCAGAUCAGUUGGUGAGCCAUCUUGGCUGAGCAGCUGGGCAUUUCUUUGUAAAUCAAACAGCUCUUUUCCCAACUGUAGGUUUAAGAUUUAAACUGAUGUGAGCAAUGAACUCCAAAUUGAAUGCAUGACACUUGAGGGAAUCAUAAAGUCCCUCUGAGAAAUGUCAGACACAAGCGCGUGCAUGGAUGUCCCAGAUGUCGAAACAUGUUUCUAUCAGCCUGUGAUACAUGUAAAACUUUGCUGCAUAUUUCAAAUCUGUGUCUCUAUAACAGGCACCAAAAAGAGUCAUAGUGAAAGAUAGUUGAGUAGCUGUAUGACCUGAGCCACCAGCUGUGAAUAAAUUCAACCAUAACAUGUAAAGAGUUUCAAAAAAACUUGGUAUUAACUGUAAUUUUUCUGGCAAAUGAGUAUGGAGGGUUUUUCAAAUCACAUGGCACACCUGCAUGUACAUUAAAUUAGAAAUAAAUGCGUGUUCUAUGUGUGUGAGAUCAAAUUUAAAAUUCUGAUGUAUGUAUUCAAAUGAUUAUGCAAUUUGUACAGUGAUCAUUGCAAAAAAAAAUUGAGAGAAAGAAAUCUCAGUAUUUGACAUUUUCUCUACAUGUCAAAUUUUAUGGAUGUGCAAAUAAUCAAAAUACUAAAUACUUUGCAGUACGCUGUGAACAAUAAUUUAACAUAUCAUAAAAAUGUUGUUUUCUGGCUUUUACAUGGACCACCAAAACAACAUAUUGUUUAAAGUAUAACAUGGUUAUAUUUUCUUACUUGGAAAGUGAAACAUUAAAUCUAUGUGAUUUUAUUAUGAAUGUAAGCGUAAUGUUUUGUAAAAAAACAAACAAAAAUAUACAAAAAAAUAAAAAUAUCAGGUUUCUGAUGUAUAAUUUCCAGUUUGACUGGACAUUCAGAUACAAGUUAUUGUGUGUGUUAGGGUCAUGCUCUUACAUUACAUUCUUUUUCCUGAUUUGUUAAGAUUCAUUUUUCUGAAUGUUUCUCAAAUAUUUGUCAAAUAUGACAAGUUAUACAAAAUGCUAUAUAUUUUUUCUCACUCUUUUUAUCUUAAAGUUUAUCAAAGCUAGGUGGCAAGAGGAAAUGUAUGACAGUUCUGGCAAUAAAACUGAUAUUUGAACUCAUAUAUAGUAGCUGUUUAUGUAUGGACCACUUAUAUGACAUCACAUUACCUCUCCAUAUCACAUAGGGUAUGGGUUUUGUGCGAAUGUAAAAUAUAGCUAUUGUGUCAAAUCUUGUCUUAAGACAUAUAAGCAAAUAUUGUGUCCUCUUCUGUAUGUUACAGUGUUUUAAUGAGCAGAUUUAUGUACACUUGGUUGAUGGAUCGUCUUAAUUGUUAUUAUAAAUCUAUUUUGAGUUCUUGAUGUCUUCUUUUCUGUGCCUUUGUCAUUUGGAGUAUUACAACCUGCACUCUCAUGUCCUGUCUUAAAGUAACUUUAGAAAGACUUUUAGGAAGAUGAGAAAUCUAUUUGAUAAAAUCAUCACUUUUGACAGAAAUUAAUCUGAUGCUAAAUGUAUUUUUGCAGUAAAAUGACUUAUCAAUCUAAAAACCAGUAAGUAUUUCCAGAUUAUGUUUCUCUCUCCUCUGUUCUUGAUAAAGGUUACUCUAACUUCCAAUUAAUACUUGUUGUACCAUCCUACUGUGACAUUACCAGUAGUUUUGAUGUCUAGAGAAUAUCCUUUACUGUUUUAUUUCUGUAACUCUUACUGCACAUGUAGAGGUUACUGCAUCAGUUAUUCACUAAUGUGAGUGGUGUCUAGAUGCAUGUAGUCUAAUAAAAACAAAAGCAUUAAAACUGA